AAAAAUUCAGAAGAGAUGGUGGAUACAUAUGACAAAAAGACUAUUUAAACUUCUGAAACACACAGUUCGUGCAGCGGAAUACUGCAUUAGCUAUGACAUUUUAAAAAGAGUGAGUCCUUUAGAAGCUGAACUUCUUAAAGAACCUACUAUUCAAUAUAAAGUCCGAUUCAGAUUUGCUGGAUCUGAUUUCCCCCCUUUUAUUAUAUUUAAAAUAUUUUGUAAAUCAAGAACCAAAACCAACCAAUAUAUAAGUGGGAAAAAAGUAAUAACAUCAGAAAGUAAGGCAGCUGUUGAUGCUUGCAAAUUAAUGGGAUAUCGGAUGUAUUAUCAUCAGAUUCUUCAAGAUGAGCUUCAGAAUAAAAGGCAUGGAAUAACAGAUGAAAUAGAUAUUGCCACAAUAAGAGAUUACAUGCAAUAUGCCAGUCAUAUGGAUGAAACUCCAGCAUAUUAUGGUGGCAGACAUAAUUGUUGGAGAAGGCUGACAUUGGAAAAUUGGCCUAGAGCAAUGAUAGUGUAUGACAUCAUGGAUUAUGCACAGUCUGGGAAAGUGUCUGCUAGACUUAGAGCUGAACUUCCAUUUCUGUUGCUGAAACCACAGAACGAAGAGACAUGUCGUGCUCAAAUCUUGGCUGUUUGUCAAAUUAGGUCUAUGUCACCUGGUUUCAUAACUACCUCGCUGUCAAGACAAAAACAAAAGGCAGCCCAGAGAAUGUCACAACGCCGCUCUUAUCAAGCUAGGCAGAAGAUUGCAAAAAUGAAGAAAGUUUAUAAAGCUGCGAAAGAAGAGGACUUAAGCAGUCCUUCUUUGAGUGAUCAUUCAGCUGGAGAUCCAGGGCCAGAAAAUCAAUUUUGUAAUGAAGAUUGGGAGCAAGAAGCAGUAACGCUUUAUGAUUGGGCAAGAUCACUCCGAACUGAAGAUAUUUGAGAAGAUUAAUCAGAGAUAAUUUUUUGUUCAAGUGUUCAUUUCUAUCAUAUGGUUGCAGCAACAGUUGAAAUUGUUUUUCCCCAUAUAGUUUUUCUGCUCUUUUUGCAGACAUAACCAUGGCAGAUUACACACAAUUCUCUGGCUUCAGGAAAUUCCUAACAAAACAAGUUACUGUUGAUAGAAAGAUGUGAUAUUAUGUGAGAAGAAUAAAGUGAUAUAGCCAAUGUGCAUCUGUUACAAGUAAUAACUUGAGGCAUCUAGGUGGAAAAUAAUAGGAAAGUUGAUAAAUACUAAAGGUAACUAAAGAGAUGCUUCCCAGUAUGCAUUAAUAAAAAGGAAACACCUAAAACCAUCACGUUUCAGAAGAUUUACACAACUGCUUCAGAAGUAGUUUCUAGUUCUUUCUGUACAUCUGCGCAACUACCCUUCCAUUCAGUCUACCAGGAAAACAUUGAUUUUUCAUGCUUAUCCAUUUACUUAUUUAUCAAAUUUGUAUGGCCGCACAUCACACCAAAGGCAAGGUUGACAAUAUACAACACUAGAUAAACUUAUGUGAGACAUCUGUGGACUGCUUUCAAAACAGCC